UUCCACGGCUAUAAAAAAGCACUAGUUCAAGACUCAAGAGCCACACAUGCUGCCUGCGAAGAUAGGGAGGAGCUCGAGCAGCACCAGAAUCAUCAGGAGAGGUUUGUUUUGCAGGCCUUGCCACAACCAUGGCUUUGCAAGGUCUUGUAGACUGGAGGGGACGGCCAGUUAACCAAAAGAGUCAUGGUGGAGUGAAAGCCAGCAUGUUCAUCCAUUUUCUUAUUGUGAUGGCAAACAUAGCAAACAUACCCUUGAUACUGAAUCUGGUGAGCUACUUGCAUGGGACGAUGCACAUGGGAGUCAAGGACGCCUCCACCACCUCUGCGAAUUUCUUUGGGGCCAUAUGUUUCUUCUCCUUCCUCGGUGCCUUCGUCUCUGACUCCUACAUCAAGCGCUUCUACACCAUGCUCAUCUUUGCGCCCAUCGAGAUCAUGGGGUACAUGGUCCUAGCGUUCCAAGCACACUUCCCUUCGCUGCACCCGCCGCCGUGCGACAUGAUCAACCGCCCCAACGAGUGCGCUCCGGUGAGCGGCCGGAACCUGAGCCUGCUCACCCUGGGCCUGUACCUGAUCCCCAUCGGCGAGGGCUCGCUGCGCUCAUGCGCGGCGGCGCUGGGCGGCGACCAGUUCGACGGCGACGACCCGGCGGAGCUGCGCGGCAAGAUGAGCUUCUUCAACUGGUUCGCUUUCUGCAUCUCGCUCGGAGGGUUCGUGGGGCUCGUCUUCUUGGUGUGGGUGCAGGAGAACGAGGGCUGGGGCCUCAGCUUCGCGCUCGCUGCGUUCAUGGUGCUCGCCGGCACGGUCGUCGUCGUCGGCGGCUGGCCGUUCUACCGCCACCAGAAACCCACGGGGAGCCCGCUCACAAGAAUCUUUCAGGUUUUCGUUGCUGCCUUUCGUAAGAGGAAGCUGUCAUUGCCUGAAAAUUUGACCGAGAUGCAAGUGGUCACUGACGGUACUGGCACGAGUGUUGAAUUUUUGCAGAGAACUUCAGACUUCAAGUUCCUCGACAAGGCGGCGGUGGACGACGGCGACACCCGGCGGUGGUCGGUGUGCACGGUGACGCAGGUGGAGGAGGCCAAGAUCAUCCUCCGCAUGGUGCCCAUCUUCCUCAGUGCCGUCCUCGGCAACGUCCCGAUCCCGCUGCUCCUCUCCCUCACCGUGCAGCAGGGCGGGACCAUGGACACCCGCCUCGGCGGCACCAGCAUCCCGCCGGCGAGCCUCUUCAUCGUCCCCAUCGUCUUCCAGAUGCUCAUCCUGGUGGCCUACGACCGCGCCGCCGUGCCGUGGCUGCGCCGCGCGACGGGGUACGCCGGCGGCGUCACGAACCUGCAGCGCGUGGGCGUCGGGUUCGCGUCCAGCGUCCUGGCGCUCGCCGUGGCUGCCGUGGUGGAGGGCCGCCGCCAGAGCGCGGCGUCCGCGGCCGCCCCGCCGAUGUCGGUGUUCUGGCUCGCGCCGCAGUUCUUCCUGCUGGGCGUGAUGGACGUCACCUCCUUCGUCGGCCUGCUCGAGUUCUUCUACGGCGAGUCCUCCGCCGGCAUGAAGUCCAUCGGCGGCGCCAUCGUCUUCUGCAUCCUCGGCGCCGCGUCGUGGCUGGGGAGCUUCCUCAUCCAGGUGGUCAACCGCGCCACCGCGCGCCAAGGUGGGGGCCAUGGCUGGCUCGACGGCGCCAACCUCAACGCCAGCCGCCUCGAUCUCUUCUACUGGCUCCUCGCCGUGUUCGGGCUCGUCGCCUUCUGUCUCUACUUGCUCUGCGCAUGGAGGUACACCUAUAGACAUGAUCCGAGGAUGCCAGCAGCAAUUGAUGACAAGGUGUCGUCGCCUGCGUCAACCAAGCAUGCCACAGUUUGACUGUGACAUUCCUAUUAUUCCAAACAGAUCCUAUGAAUUUGCGGCUCCCAAGGUGGAUAUAAUUUCACCAAAUAAGAAUUAAUAAAUAGUAGGUUUUAGGCAACUAUAUAAUUUUAUUUUUUGUAAAGUAAAGAUGUAGAUGGAGACGCUUACAAAGACAAGCACACUCACUUCUGCGAAUGUAAAAAUGCAAGGCGGGUGUAUAUGCACUCGAGCGUACUUUGCAGUGAAUCUAAUAAUCUAUCUUGCCAAAUUAUCAGCCGGAC